CACGAUCACCUGAACAGUGCACCAGAUGACCGAUUGUCUCCGGUGUUCGCUUACAAUUGUCAGCUUGUAGGAAAUGAAAAUUUUCUAAUGACUCAAGCGUCACUGAAAAUAAUGUAUCAUAAAUGAUGAGCUUGAUGAACAAUUCAGACUUGAACAAUGAAAAGAGUGGCGAGGUGUAUAUAAGAUUAGAGAACGGCUGAUGCAGUCAGCAUUACCAUCUGUCCGGAAGACUUCUAUUCGCAUUGGAGUUGACGAUGGAAUCCAGAAGAAUUCAAUUGCUGACACUGUCUCUGGCCAUUUGCAUGUCCGUUGGAUAUGCCAAGCCACCCAGCAAAAUUGUCAAUGGACGGAAUGCCUUGACCGGAGAGUUUCCGCAUCAGGUGUCCCUUCAGAUAAACCGAGAGCACUUCUGCGGAGGUAGUAUCAUCGAUGCUACGCACAUCCUGACUGCGGCGCAUUGUGUUGUCGGUGAUAAUGGUGUAGGGGUCCGCGGAAUAGAAGUUGUCACGGGUGUCCUUGAUUUUCACAGUCGAAAUGCUAAUAAUGUAUUUCCAGUUUCACGAAUCAUCUAUCACGGCAGAUAUGCACCCGAGGAUAGCUGGAGGAACGACAUCGCAGUGUUGACGCUGGCGAAAGCCAUCAUCUUCGACGAUUACCAACAACCAAUCAGACUACCAACCAGCGACACACCCGCUGGUGCUCGUGUCGUGGCUAGCGGUUGGGGUGCAGGAAUAUAUCUAGGAAACAAGAGCAAGUCGCUGCGAUAUCUCCAGAAACUUCCGAUGGGCGUCCUUAGUCUACAACAGUGCCGGAGGGUCUUGGGGUCUGGCAUUCAGUCUGGACAGAUCUGUGCUGCGGGUGCUGCAGGAACUGGCAUCUGUGUUGGUGACAGUGGUGGUCCUCUGACCUAUAACGGCACAGUCAUCGGUGUCGCUUCCUUCGUCGUACCUUGCGGCAAAGGAUACCCAGAUGUCUACACACGGGUUUACGAAUACGUACCGUGGAUCAACCAAGUCGUACGAAAUAACUAAUUAUAAUAUUGGUUCUGGAGUUCAAGCGUGCCUUGUACCUCUGAUUAUGAGUUACUUAAUUCAGUUAUGAUCAUGAAGUAAAUGCUAAUGAGCCCGUUAAUUGAUCCUUACCGUCAGACCAUCAAUUGUUUAUGUUAAUUAUGAUGAAUUAUACUUUAUAUUUUGUUGGAUAUGAAAACUCGUGCUUCUGGGGUGGCAUUCGAAGCGUGGAAGAAUUCGAGGAAAGCCAUCACAUGAGAUAAACAUUCCCGGCGUAUGCCAUUAUUCAAAGUCAAGGGAAAGCACCAGUUGUGAUCAAUAUCUGCAAAUGGAACUUUCUAAUUAUCGUUCAAGUCGUAAAUUAUUGACGACUCACUAUGUGGGAGCGAUACGAGAGUUUUCAGUCAUCUUGAUUUCAUCAGCUCUGCUAUGAGUGCUAUUUAAUAUUCUGAGUUGAUGAGAAAAAACAAUAAAAAUUUAAUGAAGCCGUUGUUAUGACCUUGAA